UCGGUGCACUUACAUUGGAUUUCUUUUAUCCCAAAUUAUCGAAGGAUGUAUCGUUAUGUGACAAACUUUGCUGUAUCCGGUAUGUGUGUAAAAGGUAUUGGUUGGAAAUCAAUAGACUAAAACUUUUGAAAAGUCACUCCUCACAGUGUUGCAGAUGGUCAUAUCAACGAAAUGAUAAAGAUAAUUUUUCUCAUCGAGUCAUUCAAUUUCAUCACGACGACGUUGAAGAAAAAGCAAGAAGAACGGUAAAGAUUGUUUUGAUGGAUUUAAAUGUGGUAAUAGUGCUCAUUUUGAGCACAACAUUCGUCGAUGUUCAUUCAACUACGGUAUUACCUACAAUAUUUUGGCAUCCCAGUUCACCAGCACUUCAAAGAGAACAUUGGUCUGAAGCUGUUUCCGUGAAAUUGUACAAUGAAGUUGUUUUUCUCUGUCCCAACUUAAGAAUAACUAACACUUUGGUCGAUACAGCGUUUCACAAAGUCCAUUAUAACAUAUACAUGAGAAAAGUUAAUUCAACGUUACUCGAUUAUAGCGAGAUCUGCGAUCCUUUAAAUUCGCGGCUCAUUUAUUCUUGUAAUAAGACUUCGUAUGAAGUGGACUACAAAUUUCUGCUGAUUAAUAAUUUUCAAGCUGUCUCUGAUAACCCUACUUUCAACGCUGGAGAAGACUACAUCUUCUUCUCCACAUCAAAUGGUUUACAAGAUUCAUUAAAUACUUAUUCGAAACAGUGUACUAUAGUUCUACGCAUUCAUGUUUGCCAUGAUGAGGAGGAGUGUUCUUUAUCUUUAUGUUCAACGUUUGGACGAAAUGAAGUCUGUAAAACAAAAGCUCCAUCUAUCAUUGCACCUCGGGAUAUUCACGUGACAAAUUUGACGUCAUGGAGCUUUAAUGUAUCCUGGCAACCUCCACUGGGCAAUGAUGACACUAUUGUUCAUUACUCCAUCUGUUGUCGAGCAAUAAAUUCGUCUGAAAUAUGUCAUAUGGUAGAAGGUUUGGCCAACUCAUUCGUUUUAGACGAACUCGAGCCAUCAACGGAUUAUUUUAUUCGUAUGCGCGCUGUUACGAGUCAUAUCCGUGGAAAUUUCUCCGAAAACAUUUUGUGUCGAACAAAAGGUGUUCCUGUGAGUAGUACUCCACGAAAUGUUACCAUAUCAAAUAUCACCAUGACGUCCGUCAUGAUUUCAUGGCAGAAACCAAAUGACAUCCAUGGCCCAUUGAUAUAUUACAACAUUUGCAUUCGUAAAAAGACUUUGAAAGAGGAAGAGAGAUGUCACGUGACUUUAGUUGAACCGACCAAAUAUUCAGCAGUUGUGUAUGGCUUAAAGGCGUAUACUUUGUAUAGUGUCUGUAUCAGAGCUCAGACUGUUGAAAGUCCUGGGACUUACUCCAGUAAAUUAUCUUUUCGAACAAAAGAUUUGCCAUUGACGACGACAAACACCUUGGUUAUUACAACUUUACAAAAUUUGGCAAUGUCGACAAAGUUUCGGAGAGAGUUUGCUAGGAACACAACCACAAUAGAGUCUAUUAAACCGCCGGAACACAAAGCUCAGACAAGCUGUAAGAAUUCAAAUGUCAAUUUCUUGUCCAUUGUUAUUGGCUUAAGCAUUGGAGUCGUAGUAACGUUGAUUGUCGUUGUAUUAUAUUGUAUAUUCAAAUCAAAACAUCACGUUAAACGAGAAGAACCUGUUCUAAAAAUGGCCACGAAUCGCGGAUAUUUCACAAGCGUAACUGGUAUCAACUCUUUGCUAAGAAAGAAUGAAAAGAUCAGUAGCUGUAACUUGGAAAUGCAUUAAGAAGACUUUGCCUUCUUCGUCGUUUUUGAUUUAGCAGACGCAGUUUUUGUCCAAGACAAAUGUUUUUGUGAGUGAAAUAAAAAUUCCGAAAAAAUAGAAAAAAGAUGAAUGCACAUUUAAUUAGAAUUCUUUGCGAAACUAAUGAUUAUUUUGAGCACGAAACAUUACUAUGUUGCUAAUGUCAUUGACAGUUUGACCAUAUAAUUUAAUUGUAAAUAUUCUUACUCUUAUUUAUGAUGCUUAUUGCUAAUUUUCUUCAGCUUAAAGACCUAAACAUUAGUUUGAAAAUUUAAACUUUUUGUACAUAAUUAUAUUUAUCUUUUAUUAAAGACGACGUUACAUGAUUAUUUAA